AUGUUAUGCAAAUUCCUUAAACGUCCGCUGCAGUCAUCUCCCCCCCAAACAGACCGAGACCCCUCAACAGCAGCAGCAGCAGCAGCAGCAGCAGCAGCAGCAGCAGCAGCAGCAGAUCGUAUACCUUUAGAUAUAAAGAAGAUAACAGGAGACUGGACAGAAGAAGGAGAUGACCAUUGGUCUCCUCUUGAUGCAUGCGAAGCCCCAGCAGCAGCGCAUGCAGCCCUAUGGCUAGGAGACACUGUAUAUACAUCAGCAGCAGCAGCAGCAGCAACAGAUGCAGCAGCAGCAGCAGCAGCAGCAGGUGAGGAAGCAGCAGCAGCAGAAGGUAGUUUUUGCUGCGAGGCAGAGGAAGACAGUGAUGAGGCACUUGGGCAGCUGCUGCUGCGUACAGCAGCAACAGGACCAGCAGCAGGUGCAGCAGCAACAGCAGCAGCAGCAGUAGCAGCAGCAAAUGAUGAGGACAGACAACCAUUAAAGAGAAGGGGACUAAGAGGGACACCAUUAGCAGCAGCAGACAGCAGCAGCAGCAGCAGCAGCAGAAGAGACAGUUUGCUGCAGCGGCUUGCAUUAGCAGAGAAACUUGCUACUAGAGGGACAAACAGCAGCAACAGCAGCAGCAGCAGCAGCAGCAGCAGCAGCUUAAUUGCUUCCUCAAGGGAAGAAAGGAAGGGAGGAAAGACAGCAAAAAAAAGAAGAAAAGACAGAAGACCUUGUAACAGGGUAGAGAUAACAAAAGUAUGUGAUAUAGAUAGUAUAAAGCCCUUACCAUCAAUAAUUCGUCAUCCUUAUCGUCUUUCUUCUUAUAUAAAAUUACUUAAGGAAUGCUCAGUAAAAAAAUACAUGUAUAUACACCUCAAGAGGUAUAAUAUGCUGCCUGAGCAGCAGCAGCAGCAGCAGCAGCAGCAGCAGCAGCAGCAGCAGCAGCAGGAGUAUGAAUUACAUGCAAAAAUGCUGCAGCAGCAACCAUACUUUGUUCUAUCCCCAUACCCAGAGGAUAAUCCUCAUCUACAGGCAACACAUCCUGCUGCUGCUGCUGAGGCUAUGCUGCUGCCACCAGGCAGCAGCAGCAGCAACAGCAGCAGUAAGCUAAGCAGCAGCAGCAGCAGCAGCAGCAGCAGCAGCAGCAAGAGGAAGAAGAAGGAGGAAGAUUAUGUUCCUCGUCCUCCUCUUUAUGAUCUUAUUCUUGCUGCUGAGCACAUGGGCCUUGAUUAUAAGGAAUUCAUUAGCAGCAGCAGCAGCAGCAGCAGUAGCAGUAUAAUACAGCAGCAGCAGCAGCAGCAGCAGGAGAUAGAGGGAGAGGAAGAAGAGGAGACAUAUACUGUAGAGACAAAUCCAUUAGUUAUGCAGCAAGUCCCUGUUGUCUCCCCUAGGCAGCAAAUUACUGCUGUUGCUGCUGUUGAUGAUGAUCCUGCUGCUGCUGCUGCUGCUGCAGCAGCAGCAGCAGCAGCAGAAGCAGAAUCCGAUAAACCACCUAAGCUUAGGCCUUGGUGGAGGACACCUUGGGGUGUAUGGGGAGAUAGAUUCACUUAUAAAGCUACUAGGCCUGCUACUGCAGCAACAACUGCAGCAGCAGCAGCAGCAGCAGCAGCAAAUAAAAAAACAAACAGAAGGUAA